AUGUCUACUUUUAAUGCUAAAGAUUUUUGCGAAAAUCCCACACUUGAGCAGUUAACCGAACCUAUUAAGAAAGAUGAUUGGCGUUUUAUUGCUCAGUAUUUCUCGGUACCUCAUUCAGGUUCAGCAACCAAGAAAGUAAUUAAGGAACUAGUAAUAGAAAAUUUAAUUCAAAGAGAAUUGCUUCCCUCUGAAGCCACUGAUUAUUUAAAUCCUCAAGAUUCCGAACUACUUGAAAUUAGAGAUGCUUCUAUUUUGUCGGACCACAAAGAUGAAUCUUGGUCCACCGCCCGACUUGAAUUUGAAAAGAAUGCUUUAGAUCUAAAACUUCAGUUAGAAAAACAAAAAUUAGAAGAGAAAGCAAAAGACCGAGAAAUAGAAAUAGCUAAACUUAAGUUAGAAGAAAGAAAAUUAGAAGCUACAUUAAGUGGCACAUGCAAUAAUGUUUUUAUCAUUAAUGAAUCAUUUAACCUAACUAAGAAUUUGCCCCUUGUUCCUUCAUUCCUUGAAAGUGACCCUGAUGGCUCAUUUCGUAACUUUGAGAAAACUGCUGAACACUUUAAAUGGCCCCGUACCGAGUGGACUUGGCUUCUUCAACCAAAAUUAAACGAGAAAGCCAGGUUGUUUAACAAAUGGCUGGAUGCAACUUCAACUAAGUCUUUCUCACAAUUAAAAGAUCUCCUUGUAUUUGAGGAAAUAAAAAGAAAGUUACCCUUCGAUAUUCUCAAGCAUAUAGAAGAGAGAGGUGAAACCGAUCUCCUUAAAGCAGCACAAAUAGCAGAUUCGUUUGCGCUUUUGAAAAGGUCACAGCUGGGUAAGGUAGACAAGGUUAACUUUUAUGUACAGUCCUCCUCUGGUGAUAACCUUGGGAAUAGUGGUGGUAAAGCUGGCAAAAAUACAUUAAACUUUUGUUUGUAUUGCAAGCGAGCAGGUCAUACCAUAGACAAAUGCAAAGACCCAAAGUGUAGAAAGUCUAGCAUAAAUGUAAGACAAUUCACAAAUCCAAGUAUCAAAUCUUUUGAAUCUAAGCCUGUGACAAGUGUGAAUAAUGUAAACUCUCCAGAUCCCUUCAAUGAUUUUAAAUCUCGGGGAACUGUCUCCCUUCAUUCAACGAGUAAAUUGUAUCCUGUACUCCUCCUUAGGGACACGGGAGCUGCCCAAAGUAUCAUUCAUAAGUCUGCUCUACCUGGGAUUGAGACAAAAUAUACAGGUGAAAAAGUUCUCGUUAAAGACCUAACUUCAAAAAUAAGCUAUAAACUAGCUAAUAUAUUUCUCAGUUCUGACUUUGUAUCAGGGGAAGUAAAAAUAGCUGUAACAGACCAGGUUUUUCCUAUAGAGGGAGUAAACUUAAUUCUAGGACAUGAUCUGGCAGGGAAAUUAGUUUACCCUACAAUUAAUGUUGUCACCAAGCCUUUACCUUAUAGCCCAACCAAAGAACUGGAUCAGAAGCAACCUCAUAUUUUCCCUGUAUGUGCUGUUACCCGUUCUCAGAAAUUAAAUAGAGAGGCCUCCUUGGUAAAAGGAGACCCUGUUGAUAAUUUAAUCUCGCAAGAUAUCACUCGAAGCAAAUUAAUUGUAGCUCAGAAUGAGGAUCCCUCUCUGUCUAAAUGCAGACAUGCUGCUUCCGAUAGUCUUGCUGAUCAAAAGGUCCAUGGGUUUUAUUAUCAUGAUGGACUAUUGAUGAGAGUAUUUCGCCCUCCUGAACUCCGUGCUUUAGAUACAUGGGCAGAGGUACACCAAGUAGUUAUUCCCUUGUCAGUUCGGGAAUCAGUCGUGAAACUUGCACAUGAUGGUUUAGCAGGUCACAUGGGUAUUCAAAAGACCUACAAGAAGGUACUUCAAAAUUUCUAUUGGCAAGGUAUGAAGAAAGAUAUUGCAUUAUUUAUCAAGUCUUGCCAUGUGUGUCAGGUUGGAGGAAAACCCAAUCAAAUAAUUCCAAGAGCUCCUCUACAACCAAUUCGGGUAGUCUCCGAUCCUUUUGAGAGAAUUGUGAUUGACUGUGUAGGUCCACUACCUAAAACAAAGAAAGGGAAUCGAUAUCUCUUUACAAUCAUGGAUACAGCUACUAGGUAUCCUGAAGUUUAUCCUUUAAAGAAUAUUUCGGCUAAUUCCAUUGUGAAAUGUUUACUUCAUUUGUUCACAUCAUUUGGAAUCCCUAAAGAGAUUCAAUGUGAUAAAGGUAGUAACUUUACAAGUGACUUACUUCAAGAAGUCUUAAAAGGUUUAGGUAUCUCGCAACAGAUGUCAACAGCUUACCACCCACAGUCACAAGGUUGCCUCGAGAGAUUUCACCAGACUUUAAAGUCAAUGCUUAAAAAGUAUUGCUUAGAAACUGAGGGUUCCUGGGACGAGAACAUUCACUUUCUACUUUUUGCCCUGCGUGAAUGUCCACAAGAAUCACUUGGAUAUUCUCCCUUUGAAUUGUUGUAUGGAAGACAAAUUAGAGGUCCCCUUAAAGUUCUUAAAGAUCAGUGGUUUUCAGACUCAUCAGCCAACCCUAAUCAAACAGUGGCAUCUUACAUAGAUAAUCUUAGAUCGAAGUUAUCUGAUGCAAGGAAAAUUGGCUCUCUCUAA